AUGCAAUUUGUGUUCAUCAUUCAUUUGAUCAGUUUGAUGCUGAUAUUCGUUAUGGUCCAUCGUGUCUUGAGCGAGACAUGUGACAUCGCCCACUGGGAGCGAAGCCUGGAUAGGAACCCGGGAUGGUCGGUAUGUCCAAGAAAUAACACCUACCUAAAGGGAUUCUGGAGGAGUCCACGCAAAACCGGAGAUGAGAGAGUUGGACGCCUGGAACGAGGAAAAUGCUGCGAUGCUGCGGAGCCGCGUUACGCCGGUCAGCCUUCAAGAUGUGUAAAUGCAAACUGGUCACGCACGUUGGAUGGACAUAAUAUCUGGGCUUUGUGUCCAAAAGGCUUUUACAUGAAUGGCAUCAGAACUGGAUCUCAUCUCCCCUUUCUUUCAUUUUUGAACCACAUCGAUGAGGCAAGAUGUUGCCAUCCAACGGAUCAUCCCAGCAGUUAUGAAGACUGUUACGAUGAAGAUGUUGCUAUUUCAUUCAACAACGAAGGUUGGAGUGAAUGCCAGAAGAAUGGUUAUUACAUGAGCGGUCUCUACAAAAGUAACUGCGAUGAACUUAACUGUAUUGACAAGUUCAGAUGCUGUAAACAUCUUCCUAAAAACGGGCAAUCAAAUGGAAUUACAGAUCUACAGAAAGAGGAAUACAAAUCUUGGGUUGAUGCCAUCAUCACCGGUAGUUACCCUUCCACCCACGUAAGCACGGUCAUCACAAAAUUUCUCAAUUUGACAAAGACUGGGAACGAGCUUAAACUCAACUUAAGCGAACUUUCUCUCUCCGUGGAUAUGCUCAAACAACUUGUGCAGUAUAACUCGAUAAAAAACAACAGCGCGAUCGGCGCAACAUCGGACCAACAAAACAUCGUGAGAGUGGCAAGUAAUUUACUGGAUGAGGAAAAUACAAAAACAUGGUUGCUGUUGCAGGAGAAAAGGGGAAACAUCACUGACAUACUUCUGAAGACUAUGGACGACUUUGCUUUUCAAGUGAACAGUAACCUUGGUAACUCAACUAAUAAAUCGGAGUUAUUAUCAAGAAACAUCGCUCUUAGAGUUGAUCGCUGGAACCCAAAACAUGAGUUGAAGGUUGACUUCGCUCAAUAUGGCGCAACAAUCCUUGUUCCUGGCUCAGCGAUCUCGGACACAGUGGAAACUUGCAUGUCCACCAUUGCCUACAGAACACUUGAAAAUGUCCUUAGGCUUCCAGUAGAUGGACCCAGUAAUAAUCAGAGCGCCGGAGGUAGGCUUCGGAGGAGUGGCACAAGCAUUGUUUCUUUCACUAUUCAUGAUCGUGUAUCUGGUUCGCUGAAUAAACCUAUCAAGCUGGCUUUUAAUCACAAUAACAAGCGUUCUGAUUUGAUUGGACAGUGCGUUUUCUGGGAGAUCGACCAAUCGCAAAGAACGUGGCUGACGCGUGGAUGUGUUCGCGUUGAUCGUGAGUCAAACCCGCGUGUAACCACGUGCGAGUGUGAUCACUUAACCAUCUUUGCAGUCUUACUGAACAACAAGCCAGUAAAAUCUCGUCAUCAGCCGUACUUCAAAUAUAUUUCUACUGUAGGUUGCGCAUGUUCACUUUUCUUUCUGGUGCUCACUUGUGUGACAAUCUUAGCCUGUUGGAAAAAGUUGAGAAGUUUUCGGAUAACAAUGUUACUGCAUUUGUUUGCUGCCAUUUCGGUUUCUUGUCUUCUAAUUAUUAUAGCUGGAAAAGCAGAAAGACCAAAGGAGUUAUGCACAACAGCCGCAGUGUUACUCCAUUAUUCCCUCCUGUCUGUAUUUUUCUGGAUGCUAUGUCAUGGUGUUAUGCUGUACUUCCUGAUAUUAAAGGCUGAACGGCAAGAAAUUCUGGCAUUGAAAAAGAAAUGGUUCUACGCUCUAGGAUGGGGUGUUCCAGUCCUAAUCGUGGCCAUUUCUCUAGCAGUAACUGGAAUCAAGUCCUAUGCAGCAAAUAACUGUUGGCUUACAACAGAACAUUGGCUCAUCUAUUGGGCGUUUGUUGCUCCAGUUGCCGUAAUCCUAUUAAUCAACUCAAUUCUGUUAAUUUUCUUGCUUCGUCGGAUACACAGAGCGACUAAAACCAAAAACAACAAAACAUCUGCCAAGCACGUGAAGGAUUGGUUGAGACGUUUUGCAAUGCUACUGCCAGUUCUGGGUGUCACGUGGUCGUUUGGCUUUCUCACGUUCAUUACAUCAACAACUGUGUUUCAUUACAUAUUCGCCAUAUUGAAUUCGUUCCAAGGACUUUUCAUAUUUGUGAGCUUCUGCAUUCUAGACGAUUCGGUUAAAAAAUCUAUUAAGAGUAUUUUGUGUGAGAAGAUGAAUACCACGAAGAGAGACACAAGAGAAGGAAACACUGUUUUUCAGGAGUAAAUAAAG